ACGGAACUGAACACUUCUUCCCCAUGUCGCCCGGGGUUUCCACAGCUCUGAGCCAGGGAUCAGCCAAGCCGCCUGGCCCCUUUUGUGAACAACAAAACUGGUGGUGAUGAAGGCAACAGGAGUUAGAAAACUAUUCACUGCAGGAAGCCCCAGUAUCCGGUGAGAAAUAAGAAUUACAAGAGCACAGGAUGCGCCUUGGGUCAGGGGGAUGUGAAAAGUCCAGCAGUCUUUGUGUCCUCUGAGCCACAACUGCUGCUGCUGCUGCAGUCUCUGCUGCUUAAACCACAGCUCCCCUCCCAGCACUGCUGGGUGCCAGCGGCUGAGCUCAGGUGGCUGCAAUCACGGCGGGGUGUCUAGCUCCUUUUCAGGGUGACCUGGAGACCAGGAUGGCCACUUCUAAGAGUCUUCUGUUGUUGCUGCUUUGGAGCCAGCCCUGGCUGGGAGCUGGAGCUGACUCGGAUGCUGUGGUGUGCGUGGAGACUGCCUGCUAUACGGCCCACUGGAGCAAACUGAAUGCUGCUGAGGCCCAGCAUCACUGCAAUGUGAAUGGAGGCAACCUGGCCACAGUGAAGAGCGAGGAGGAGGCCAUACAUGUCCAGCAAGCCCUGGCCCAGCUCCUGAAGUCCAAGAAGCCCCUGGAACAAAGGCUAGGCAAGUUUUGGAUUGGACUCCAGCGAGAGAAGGGCAAGUGCAUGGAUCACGACCUGCCACUGAAGGGCUUCAGCUGGGUGGGUGGGGGUGAGGAUACCUCUUAUAAAAACUGGCACCGAGAUGUCAGGACCUCCUGCAUCUCCAAGCGCUGUGUGUCCUUACUGCUGGACUUGUCAUUGACACCCCAUCCCAGCCAACUCCCCAAGUGGGUGGACAGCCCCUGCGGGAACCCUCAGAAUUCAGGAAGCAGCAAAGUUGAGGGAUUUGUGUGCAAGUUCAGCUUCAAAGGCAUGUGCCAGCCUCUGGCCCUAGGGGGUCCGGGCCAGGUGACCUAUUCCACCCCUUUCCAGGCCAUCACCUCUUCCCUGGAGGCUGUGCCCUUUGCCUCAGCAGCCAAUGUGGUCUGUGGGGAAGAGACUGAGAGGAAAAGCCAUUAUUUUCUGUGCAAGGAAAAGGCCCCUGGGGUGUUCAGCUGGGACAGCUCUGGCCCCCUCUGCGUAGGCCCCAAGUUUGGCUGCAACUUUAACAACGGGGGCUGCCAGCAGGAUUGCUUUGAAGGUGGGGAUGGCUCCUAUCUCUGCGGCUGCAGGCCCGGGUUCCGGCUGCUGGAUGACCUCGUGUCCUGUGCCUCUAGAAAUCCUUGCAGCUCCAGCCCGUGUAAAGGGGGGGCCACAUGUGUCCCUGAACCCUAUGGGCAAAACUACACAUGCCAUUGCCCCCCUGGAUACCAGCUGGACUCAAGUCAGCUCGGCUGUGUGGACAUGGAUGAAUGUCAAAACUCCCCUUGUGCCCAGGAUUGUGUCAACACCCCAGGGGGCUUCCACUGUGAGUGCUGGGUGGGCUACAAACCUGGAGGCCCAGAAGAGGAUGCCUGUAGGGAUGUGGAUGAGUGUGCCUCAGACCCCUCGCCCUGUGCCCAGGGCUGCAUCAAUACCGACGGCUCCUUCCACUGCUCUUGCCAUGAGGGUUACGUCUUGUCUGAAGAAGAUGGUACUCAGUGCAAGGAUGUGGAUGAGUGUUCAGACCCCAAAGGCAACCCAUGUGACACCGAGUGCAUUAACACACCAGGGUCCUUCCGCUGUGGCUGCCAGCAGGGCUGGGAGCUGGCCUCCACUGGGGUCUCUUGCAUCAUGCCCUCUGGGUCCUCAGGAUCAUUGUCUGAGCCUCCUCCAGAAGAAGACAAGGGAGCCAGACAAGAGACCACCGCACCUCCUUCUAAAACAUCCAGUUCCACCAGAGCCUUUGAAGGUAUUGCUAAGGGAGACCCUGAGAGUAUCACCACAAGGAGACCAUCCCUCUCUUCCAGUUUCCCCUCCACCUCUGCUCCUCCUGAGAUGUCAGCUUCUAGUGGGUCCCCCCAAAUCUGGACAGAGUUGGGCAUCCAUUUUCCUAUGACCACCUCCCAUGACAAGCCAACAGGAGAGAAUUCCCUGGUGGGCAAGGAUUCUGUGGCCCCACAAAGUGAUGAUGGCACAGAUGGAACAAAGCUCCUUCUGUUCUACAUCCUGGGCACUGUGGUGGCCAUUUCACUCUUGUUGGCUCUGGCACUAGGGCUUCUAAUUUACCGUAAACGAAGAGCCAAGAGGGAAGAGAUCAAAGAGAAGAAGCCCCAGAAUGCUGCUGACAGCUACUCCUGGGUCCCAGAGCGAGCAGAGAACCGGGCCAUGGAGAAUCAGUACAGUCCAACACCAGGGACAGACUGCUGAAGGUGAGGUGGCCUCAGAAAUGCAAUCAGUCAGCUACCACCAUCUUAGGAACUUUACAUUUCCUGACUCAAGGGAAGACCUCCAUCCUUCCACAAGACUGGACUGGAAUCUUGUCCAACAGUUGUAUACCUCCCCCUCUUAAAAGUAUGGUGGCUUGGGGAUGUGCAGGUAUUUCUGCAGUGUGUGCGAUCUUCAUGACAUACGUGUGUGUGUGUGUGUGUGUGUGUGUGUGUGUGUGUGUGGUGGCCUGUCAUUUUCAGUUGUGAAUAUUAAUGGUUUUCAUUCAAAUGUUCCUUUUCAAAUUUAAA